GUGCUUUUCUAGGUCUCCCCUCCCCCAUCCUCCGGCCUCAUCCCUGUCUUUUCCCCCCGCGACCCCUGAUUCCUAGCCUCCACCGCUCCUCAGGGCCUGAUGAUGUGGCGACCGUCGCUUCUGCUGCUGCUCUUGCUGCUCAGGCCCGGGGCCCAGGGGAAGCCCUCCCCCGAGGCCGGCCCCCAUGGCCAGGGAAGGGUGCACCACCAGGCUCCCCUGAGCGAGGCGGCUCACGAUGACGCCCACGGGAACUUCCAGUACGACCACGAGGCUUUCCUGGGACGAGAGGUGGCCAAGGAAUUCGACCAACUCAGCCCAGAAGAAAGCCAAGCCCGUCUGGGGCGCAUCGUGGACCGCAUGGACCGCGCUGGGGGCGGGGACGGCUGGGUGUCGCUGGCCGAGCUCCGCGCGUGGAUCGCACACACGCAGCAACGGCACAUACGGGACUCGGUGAGCGCGGCCUGGCACACGUACGACACGGACGGCGACGGGCGUGUGGGUUGGGAGGAGCUGCGCAAUGCCACCUAUGGCUACUACGCGCCUGGUGAGGAGUUCCACGACGUGGAGGACGCGGAGACCUACAAGAAGAUGCUGGCCCGGGACGAGCGGCGUUUCCGGGUGGCGGACCAGGAUGGGGACUCGAUGGCCACCCGGGAGGAGCUGACAGCCUUCCUGCACCCGGAGGAGUUCCCUCACAUGCGGGACAUCGUGGUGGCUGUGAGUGAGGGCCGGCCGGCCAGUGCCUCCCUUGGGAGUUCUGGUCCCCUGGUCCCCCUGGCACCUGCCCUGGGAAACCCAGGCCACAAGGGCCGGUCAAUGGAGGGCGACAUCUCCCAUCCCACCCUGACCCCCCAGUGUCACCAUUAGUGACAGGAUCUGUACCCACUCCUGCCUAACUC